AUGCGGAAUUCUCCAUUUUAUAUUAUCAAACCGAUCGUUUAUGAGUGCUUACCUCACAAUCCAUUCAGACGAUGCAAUUUUUCUAGUGAUUCCGGGGAUUCACAAUGUUUAACAAAACCUCAAUAUAAAUGGGCUGUAUAUGACAAAAGGACAAGGAUCUCAUUUUGUCGGGAUGGGCAAGAAUCUUAUAAAGUUACCAAAGAUAAAGCACAUGUUUCAAUGUGCUAA